UAUUAUUGAGCUUGAAAAACUAGCUUUAACUUUAUACAAACAGGUGGCUAGCUGAUUGUAAACAGUAAGAUAACUGCAGCUAACGGCUAGCUAAAUUGGCAAACGUUAGUAAGACAACGUCCUGUAGCAGCCAUAUGCUAUUGUCAAGUAGCACCAGUUACAGAAAACAAACCCGAGAUUGGUGACCGAGAGUGAACGCCGCAUUCUAAAAGUUGGCUUUCACCCAAUUAACACUGACGUUACAAAUAGGUGGGGAUAAUGCACCACGUCAAGAUAAAGACUGAAAGGCCAGAUUCAGAGGGUGCUGGUGCACGCAGCCGAUUGGAUGAUGUGCUCAAGGGACUUGUGGAGAGGAGUGAAAGUGAAAAGUCAGUUAGUAUUAACAUGUUAAACUCAUCUCAUCAUUGUCACUAUUUUCCUAUCAGACUAAUGUCGUUGUGUUUGAACAGGGAACAAAAUGAAGGGGAUACUGGAAAAAUAUCAGCGGAUUCGUUAAGCAAGGAUUUGUCUCCAUCAUCUGCUGGAAAAAGGCCGUCAGCUCGAUUCCCACAGCACCGGAGGAAGAAGCGAAAAGAGAUGGAUGAGGGCAUACCAGAAAGCAAUCAACACAAACAAAAUGCUUAUAUUAUUAAGUUGUUUGAUCGCAGUGUGGAUCUGGCUCAGUUCAACACCAGCACCCCACUGUAUCCUAUUUGCCGUGCUUGGAUGAGAAACAACCCAUCUGUUCGAGUGCCGCCUGCUUCCCCGAGCCCCCCCCACAGCAUGGUGGAGGAUGAGAUGACAGACAUGAUGAAUGGUAAAGGCCAGAUUGUGUACAGACUGCCUCCUCCAACAGCCUGUCCUGUCAACUCAUCUGGUGAACCCAUCAACCUUAGGAUCCCACUGACUGAAAAACCCACUGUUACCAAGUUGACAGAUUCAGCUCCUGUAUCAGGUUCUCUCAUAUGUGACCACAUGGAGCGUUGGAAAAAGAUAAGGCACAAAUGGAAGGAAUGCUCUAACAAGAACCAGUUGAGAUACAGCGAGAGUAUCAAGGUCCUGAAGGAGAUGAAGGAGCUCUAUGAUCGCUAACUGCCUCGUACUGCAGCUCUCCACCACAGAAUGGACUCUGCGAUUAAAAGGAAGCCACAGCGUAACAGUCCAUGUUUGAAUAAACACUUAUUCAAAGGAAAGCAUUAACAGAUCCCUCAGCCCUAUUAAGACUAUAUUGUACAUCACGGCAGAAAAAAAAGAUUAUUUGAAGGAGUUUCAAGUUUGCUUCAAUUUGCUGUGCUGGAAUGUGUUCAUGCAGGACUUUAUUCAUACAAUUUUAAAAAUGUUGAAUAAACAAUUCCUCUAUCCUGUAGCAUCAA